AUGAGUACGGUUUCCUGUCGUAAGCAUAAGUCAGUGGCCGCUCUCACUGCUCGCCAAUAUCGCGAGGCCAAGAAAAAAGAAUUACUAACCCUUAAGUCGGAGGUCAUUUCCCUUCGGAAAGAUGUCGAAUUUUAUAGAACCUUGUACCGCCUAAAGGAGAAAGAAUUAGUGACGCUCAGGGAAAAGUGUGCUCAUUUAGAGGAAGUUGCGAAGGCCUCCAUUCCGUCAUAUGAGGAUCCUCGUUUGGCAUCAGUCCCAAGCUUGUCGUCUUUGUCACCUGACACGAUAUUUGAUAUUGAAAGCGAGCCAUAUGUGGACAAUAUUUUGGAUCCGUUUGACGCAAUAUGUUAUGCUACCAAAAGCCACUGCAUAUGGAAUUCUUCAUUGACCCAAAACCUGUGUAUAUAUUGGACCCUCUGUGAACCCUUCAUUUUGAACUGCAUUUUGCUGAAAGGUAACAUUCCUGCCGGGUUUGGUACUUGGACUGUGUGCCAUCUUUAUUUAACGGUAUGUUUAGCACAGGUAGUUUUGGUCUCUUAG